CGGAUUCUCGUCGACACGGGCGCAUAUGGCCUGUCAUAUCCUACCGAGAUGUCACGCGCUGCCUCGCAGACUUCCACUGUCCCUGGAGCCACGGCGAACGGGGUCGCGCGCAGCUUGUCUCUCAAAACAAACACCAAGCCCGCCCUGAGCAAUCCGCUGCAGCCCUCCGACAUCAAGCUCUUCGUGACCAAUCUGCGCCUGCUGGACCUGGAUGGGCGUCCCGACUGGCCAGACAUCACGGUGCAGACCUUCUCGGCGAAGAAUGCAGACCAGCGGCAGCGCAUCCACGCCGUCGAGUGGGCCCUCUUCCGCCUGUUCGAGAUAUGGGACCCUUCCGAGACGAGCCAGAAGCUCCAGCCCUUCUUCCCGCCCCUCGAGCCGCUCCAGUCGCGCAACCUGCGCAUCGCUCUCCACCGCUCAUUGGACGCAUUGAAGAAAGAUGGCGUUCUGGGGAGAGAAGCCGUUCUCCGGAAGACGAUGCUGGAUGAAUGUAAGGGUGAAAAGUUCCACGAGAUCUUGAGCUCCUUCUCCUCCGUAGUCCUGAAGAAAUCAUUGUCGACCAAACCAAGACGGCACGUUAACGAGGCCGUCGUGCGUACGUUGGCUACCUCGGCUGUACUCUCCAAUGAAGCACAAACCUCUCUGCUCCCCCUGGCCAUCGCGCACAAAGCUGCACUUACGAAUCUGUUACGGGAAAAAGAGGAGAAGCGCAGGAGAUACACCGACUUCGGGCUGCUCUUGGAUGCGAAGGCACACGAUAUCAACCUUCGCAUACGUAGAACCGUCGAGACACCUCGAGCUGCUAAGCCUGCUGUUCCACAGAAAGAAACGGAUGCGAUCAAGAAACAGUUGAAGGACAACUGGAUCGGUGACCAGAAAUGGGUGGACGUGAUGCUGCACGGUGAGGACUUCCAAGGCGAUGCUGGCUUUCUAGACAGCUCGUUCAGCAGGGUAUGGCGAAUUGUUGAGCAGGGUGGUCGGCUCGAGGAUGCUAUGCCGGAGAUUGGGUUGUUGGAGAACUUGCAGCUAAGGGUCGACGAGCAAAAGACGAGAUUGGAGAAGUGGAAGAAGUUUCAUGAGAAGAUGCAACGAGGAAGCCCAGUGACGGACCAGGGGCCAAAGACAUUGACAGGCCCUGUAAUGGACUUGAAGUUCGAUGACCAUCUUCAACUUCAACUACGGCCCAAGGCCUCCGAAAGCGAACCGGUGCAACGACCAAAGAUGCGCUCAGCGUAUGAGAAUAUUAUCCUCGAGAUGGACGAAGGGUUGCGUGAAGCAGCGUCGGCGAGAUACAACCAGUCUUCUGCAAUGACACGAAAGCGAGCCGGACCCGCUGCUCCCUCACCAGCACCAUACCAGGAACUGCGAUCUCACCCUACCAACCAGAAGACAGCCAGCUGGUCGGACAACCUGAAGAAGACGACAACAUCAAAAAUCGAGUCGAGAAAUAUCGUGCCAAGGAAGCUUUCAAACGUUGCCAGGCCGGCUGCUGCAAAUCCGUUCGACUCUGAAGCGACCUUGCUAGGACAGGCGUCUGUGCCUCAUACCUCGAUGCCCGUCUCUCCGAUGGACUCGUCCACGGAGCACCUGCCCAGUGAAGAUUCGGAAAAUAACGUUUCCGACCCCUCUCCGGCCGUCGCAUCGCCCGGUCCGCUACCUCCAGCUGUACCGGUCUCGCCUCCUUCUUCCCCGCCUGCCCCAAGCUCGUACUUCCCUUCCGAGCCGCCCCCAUUCGAGCCUCCAUCGCUCAGCACCGAGGAAGCACUCGCUGCCCAGAUCGUCUCCACCAUCGGUGAUGCUACUCCAUCGCCAGUUAAGAAACAUCAACCGCGUCUAUCGUUGAUGGAGCGCACACGCAUGUCGAUGGUCCGCACCACGAGCUUCGAACCCACUGACGAGUCUCCCUCCCUACCGCUACCAGAGCCGGCCACCGUGCAAGAUAAGCAUGCCGCUCUGAUGGAACGCACGCGCCUCAGCAUGGCAGCCAUGUCCGCUCAACCUCGGGCUUCCCUCGCACCUAAGGAACGCAAGCCGAAGAGACAGUCUCAGGUUUUUCCAAUCAACCAGUUUGACACACCGCGUGCCCGCAAAUCAGAGUUUCUCACCGUGAAGGAGGAAGACCUUGAGAAGACCCCCAAGGAGGAUUUAUUCAGCGACGACGUGGACUAUGAGAGAGUGUUUAAGAGUCGCCCAAGGAUAGCCACUAGCCCUAUCUUCGGGACACCGGCAGAGGAGAAGGACGAAGAAGGGUUCGAUGAAGGCGUCACUGGUGUCGAUCUCGCGGACGUGGACGACGAUGACGAUGAGGAUGGCUACGAGCAGGACAGCCCGUUGAGGAGACGAACCUAUCGAUAGGAGGUAGUUAUAAUCACGUGGUUUCAGGUCCCAACCUGUAAUGUCCAGCCGUCGUGUCAACCCCACUCUAUUGCUGCAGCACCGGAUCCAAAGCUUGGUAAUGCAUGGCUCAACCUGGGGUUACUCACGGUAUUAUGAGUGAACUGAGUAACUGUCAUUGGCCAACGCAUUCUUUCAGAAGGGUUGACCCGGACU